AUGCACCUUCAAUUCCUCACCCUAGCUGCCAUUUUAGCAACGAUUUCGGCCCUCCACCACAACGAUCCAGCUGAUAUGGAAAUCCCAUCUCAGUCCGAUGCAUGCCAAUUUCAAGUAACGAAGACCAUUACUGCUACACAUACAGCAGUAAGAAAGGUUUCUGUCACUGAAACAGUGGAUGCCUCAACGAUUGCUACUGCAAGGAAAGUCAAGAGAGGUGACACUCUUUCAUCUGUUUCUUCGGUUGAAGCUCUAUCAACUGCGGAUCACUCAUGGGAAGGUUCUGCCACAAAGAUUCCAGUUUCUACCACUGAUCAUACAUGGGAAUCAUCAACUGCUACCCCAGAAGCUUCAACAACCGAUCAUGCUUGGGAAUCAUCAAUUUCUUCUACCGACGUUGCAACCGAAACUGCCACGCACGCUUGGGAAUCGACAACUGUUACCCAAGAUUCUUCCUCAGGUGCUCACAGUUGGGAACAAUCAACCGCUACUCCUGCAGCUUCAACUGAUGCACAUACUUGGGAGCAGACCACGUUCACUUCUUCAGUUUCGACGACAGCUCAUGAAUGGGAAGGUUCAACUUCUACUUCCCUGGAGUCAACGACUACACAUACCUGGGAAGACACCACACCAUCUCCAUCUGCUCCAACCGAAAUACCUUGCGCCGACUGCAACUCUCCUAGCGAAACAACAACACCUACCACUCAACCAAACCCCUCCAACUGCCCAGCAGCAUGUAACCCUCACCCUGGUUUCCCAUACCAAUGCGACAUCACAGCUCCCUGCAGCAACGCAGGCUCAUACACCUAUUGUGCCUGCCGCGCUGGCUACCGCGCCAGCGGUCUCAGUGUCGAUGAUCCACGACAAGCGCGCUUCGAGAGUGCCGAAGGGACGUUUAGGGUUCAUGUUGCGCCUGGGGUUGUUUGUGAUGAGCUUUGUGAGCCUUCUGUUAGUGGGCAGGAGAAUGUUUGUAAUGAGGUGACAUUGAGGAGGGGGUGUUGA